UCCGGCUCAAAUCGCCACAUAUAUAGAAACAUCCGCAGACAAUGGAGUACAGAGCUCUAACGAGCAGGUGAAAGGAAAUGGCGAAACACGCCAUCGCUGCGUUAUCGUUCUCCAUCGUCCUCCUCUUCAUCCUCGCUCAGCAAUCAUCAUCAUCAUCUUCCCAGCCCUUCGGAUCCUUCUCCUCCCGUCGCGCCCCGAAGUUCCUCGGCAGAUUCUCCACCUCCAAUGCCCACCGCCACCGCCACACCCACCAGCGAUCCAAGCAGCUCCGUCGGUACCAGUACGAGACGCGGUACUUCGAGCAGCGCCUCGACCACUUCAGCUUCGCGGAGCUGCCCGGGUUCAACCAGCGGUACCUCAUCAGCUCGGAGCACUGGGCGGGGCCCGAUCGGCUCGGACCCAUCUUCUUGUACUGCGGGAAUGAGGGCGACAUCGAGUGGUUCGCCGCCAACACGGGGUUCGUGUGGGAGAUCGCCCCGAGCUUUGGUGCGAUGGUGGUUUUCCCUGAACAUCGGUAUUAUGGUGAGUCGAUGCCAUUUGGGAGUAGAGAGGAAGCGUACAAGAAUGCCGCUACCUUGUCUUAUCUUACUGCAGACCAAGCGCUCGCUGAUUUCUCGGUGUUGAUCACAAACUUGAAGCGAAACUUGUCUGCUGAGGCUUGCCCUGUUGUUCUUUUUGGUGGUUCAUAUGGUGGAAUGUUAGCAGCAUGGAUGAGGUUAAAGUAUCCGCAUAUUGCCAUAGGCGCACUUGCUUCUUCAGCUCCAAUUCUUCAGUUUGAAGAUAUUGUGCCACCAGAAACGUUCUAUGACAUUGUCUCCAAUGAUUUCAAACGUGAAAGUACUAGCUGCUUUAACACAAUUAAAGUGUCCUGGACUGCAUUGAUCUCUGAGGGCCAGAAGGAGAAUGGUCUUUCGCAACUGACAAGAAUGUUCCGGUUAUGUCGGGAGUUAAAGAAUACAGAUGAGCUGGCUAAUUGGCUGUAUUCUGCUUACUCCUAUUUGGCAAUGGUCAACUAUCCAUAUCCUUCUGACUUUCUUAUGCCUCUACCUGGACACCCGAUAAGAGAGGUCUGUAGAAAGAUUGAUGGUUGUCCAGAUGGGACUAGCAUUCUGGAACGUGUAUUUGAAGGUGUUGGUGUCUACUACAAUUUUACCGGAGAAGUUGAUUGCUUUGAAUUGGAUGAUGAUCCUCAUGGCAUGGAUGGCUGGAACUGGCAGGCAUGCACGGAGAUGGUUAUGCCCAUGUCUAGCAGCCCAGAUGCAAGCAUGUUUCCUACAUAUGAUUUUAAUUUUUCCGCUUUCCAAGAAGAGUGCUGGACCGAUUUCAAAGUCAAUCUAAGACCAAGGUGGAUAACAACUGAAUUUGGUGGGAAAGAUAUCAUGACCACCUUGAAAACAUUCGGAAGCAACAUCAUCUUCUCAAAUGGCUUUCUUGAUCCUUGGAGUGGUGGCAGUGUGACCCGGAAUGUAUCUGAUUCUAUUGUUGCUCUAAACACACAAGAAGGUGCUCAUCACCUAGAUUUGCGGGCUGCAACGGCACAGGAUCCCAACUGGCUGGUAGAACAGAGAGUGACUGAGAUCAAGUUGAUUAAGAAGUGGUUGAGCGACUAUUAUCUGGCGAAGGGAGCUACUUUACCAUCUAAUGUUGAAACAGGUGACAGGCUUACAUCCAUUUAAAUAUUUCCAGUUGUCCACAGUCUUCCCUUUAUGUAGUGAUACCAGCCAAGUAAAAUGGGCAAAAGGCUACAUCCAUGUGAAUAUGUCCACAGACUGAAUCGAAACGAUUUAUUGAUAACCACGGGCAGUGGUUACUCAUAUGGGUAUUAUAAACAAAAGGCUAGACUGAAUAUCGGUAAUGAUGUUGGUUCCGUCA